UGGAGGUAAGAAAUGCAGCACUGUAAGUUUGUGUAAGCUCUCCACUUCAUCACUCACCAAAAGAACAGGAAAAAGAGAAAGAGAGGGACAUGGAGAUUAACUAAAACACACAAGGACACCACCCCACCUCCACCUACACACUCUUCUGCUUCUUCUUCUUCUUCCUCCUCCAUCUCAUCUCCUCUCCUCCAUUUCCACCAAACUUCCCCCUUCCUAAGAACACCAAGAAAGCGGGCCGGGGCGACCAAGAUCCAAGAUUGGGGGUGUUCUCUGCAGCAAGAGCAUCAGCAUUUGUAGCUGCUGCUGCUGGAUCAAGGAAGGGUUGAACAAGUGUUGGUGGUGGUGGUGGAAGUUGUUACAGAAUUGCCGUUGAAGUUUCCCCCCUCCUUUUCUUCACCGCACCACACCAAAAUCUCCAUCCAUCCACCCAUCCGUCUGAAAUCAACCUCCACCUGCACCUGCAACCGAGAGAGAUUGCAGUAGAACCCAAGAAACCAUGAUGCAGUAGGAGGAGGAGGAGGAGGAGGAGGAGGAGGAAUUGAUCGUCUCGUUGGCAGCACAAAUACAAGUGUAGUGACCUCCCUUGGUUUCACUGCACUGAAGAAAGCUCUUCUUGGAGUUGGAGCUCGCGUUUCUGGGCCGCUGCUGUUGUAUGGUCGGUGGCGAGGAUGACGAUGGAGCACGGCGAGGAUUGCUGCGUCAAGGUGGCGGUCCACGUCCGUCCACUCAUCGGCGACGAGAAGCUGCAGGGCUGUAAGGACUGCGUCACCGUCGUCACCGGCAAGCCACAGGUCCAGAUCGGGAGCCAUUCGUUCACCUUCGACCAUGUGUACGGCAGCUCCGGCACGCCGUCGGCGGCCAUGUUCGAGGAGUGCGUGGCGCCGUUGGUGGACGGGCUGUUCCAGGGCUACAACGCCACCGUGCUCGCAUACGGCCAGACUGGGUCAGGGAAGACCUACACCAUGGGGACGGCCUGCAAGGAGGGCUCACACAUCGGAAUUAUCCCGCGUGCCAUGGCUGCGCUGUUCGAUAAGAUUGACAAGCUCAAGAACCAAGUAGAGUUCCAGCUGCGCGUUUCGUUUAUUGAGAUUCUGAAAGAAGAGGUGAGGGAUUUGCUUGAUCCUGCUGCUGCUGCUGUUGGAAAAGUUGAGAAUGGAAAUGGACAUGCAGCGAAGUUGUCCGUUCCAGGUAAACCCCCAGUUCAGAUCCGGGAGGCGUCGAAUGGCGUCAUAACGUUAGCAGGAUCAACCGAAGUGCAUGUCACUACUCAGAAGGAAAUGACGGCAUGCCUUGAGCAAGGUUCUCUGAGCCGUGCAACUGGAAGUACAAACAUGAACAACCAAUCAAGUCGUUCCCAUGCCAUCUUCACAAUCACAUUGGAGCAGAUGCGCAAAGCAGAUCCCGUCAUGACUUUAGAUGGAAUGCCUAUUGAAGAGAUGAAUGAAGACUAUCUCUGUGCCAAACUCCACUUAGUAGAUCUUGCUGGAUCAGAACGUGCAAAGAGAACUGGCUCUGAUGGCCUUCGGUUUAAGGAAGGUGUUCAUAUCAACAGAGGACUUCUUGCUCUUGGCAAUGUUAUUAGUGCUCUCGGUGAUGAGAAAAAGAGAAAAGAAGGUGCUCAUGUUCCUUACAGAGACAGCAAACUCACUCGCCUUCUGCAGGACUCUCUAGGUGGAAACAGCAAGACUGUAAUGAUAGCCUGUAUUAGUCCAGCAGAUAUUAAUGCUGAAGAAACAUUGAACACAUUGAAAUAUGCUAACCGGGCUCGUAACAUCCAGAAUAAGCCAAUUGUAAAUAGAAAUCCUGUUGCAGAUGAGAUGAAAAGGAUGCGACAGCAAAUUGAGUACUUGCAAGCAGAGCUCGUUUCAGCUCGAGGAGGAGUUGGAUUAGAUGAUGUUCAGGGUCUCAGGGAAAGGAUCUCAAUGCUUGAACAGAAAAAUGAAGACCUUUGCAGGGAACUGUAUGACAUUCGCAACCAUGGUUACAUUGAUCCUUGUGAACCUGAACUACAAAAAACUGUAACUGGGUACAUCAAAGGUGAAGGGCUCAAAAGAAGCUUGCAAAGUACAGAACCAUUUGAUGUCCCUAUGACUGACUCCGUAAGAGCAGGCAGCCCUAAAGAGAUUGAAGAUGAAGUUGCCAAAGAAUGGGAACACACAAUGCUGCAGGAUAGCAUGGGCAAAGAGUUGAAUGAAUUAAACAGACAACUGGAGCAAAAGGAGUCUGAGAUGAAAAUGUAUGGGUACGACACUGUUGCACUUAAACAACACUUUGGAAAGAAACUUAUGGAGCUUGAAGAAGAGAAAAGAACUGUACAGCAAGAAAGGGACAGAUUGUUAGCUGAAGUUGAAAGUCUAAAUUCUGAUGGCCAGACACACAAAUUGCGAGAUGCCCAGCUGCAAAAAUUAAAAACCCUCGAAGCACAGAUUCUAGACCUCAAGAAAAAGCAGGAGAACCAAGUUCAACUUCUGAAGGAAAAGCAAAAGAGUGAUGAAGCUGCUAAGAAGUUGCAAGAAGAAAUUCAUUCUAUAAAGGCACAGAAGGUUCAACUACAACAUAAAAUCAAACAAGAAGCGGAACAGUUCCGGCAAUGGAAGGCUACCCGUGAAAAGGAACUUCUGCAGUUGAGGAAGGAGGGACGUCGAAAUGAGUAUGAACGCCACAAACUUCAAGCACUUAAUCAGCGGCAGAAGUUGGUUCUGCAGAGGAAGACUGAAGAGGCUGCGAUGGCUACCAAAAGGCUGAAAGAGUUACUAGAAGCUCGUAAAUCAUCAGGGCGCGAUAACUCAGGCAUGAAUGGUACUUCUCCUGGCUCUCACAUGAGUGACAAAUCAUUGCAAAAAUGGAUAGAGCAAGAUUUAGAAGUCAUGGUGCAUGUUCAUGAAGUUCGAAAUGAAUAUGAAAAGCAAAGUCAAUUGCGUGCUGCACUUGGUGAGGAGCUUGCCAUUUUAAAACAAGAAGAUGUCAUGUCUUGUGCAGCUAGUCCACCCAGAGGGAAGAAUGGAAACUCCAGAGCAAAUACUUUGUCACCAAAUGCAAGACAAGCUAGGAUAGCAUCACUUGAGAGCAUGGUGACUAUAUCGUCAAACACUCUCGUUGCUAUGGCUUCUCAACUCUCAGAAGCUGAAGAAAGAGAGCGUGCAUUCUCUGGGCGUGGUCGGUGGAAUCAGUUGCGUUCAAUGGCAGAUGCCAAGAGUCUGCUGCAGUAUAUAUUUAACGUUGCUGCAGAUGCAAGAUGCCAAGUAAGGGAGAAAGAGAUGGAGAUCAAGGAAAUGAAGGAGCAAAUGACAGAGCUUGUCAGCAUCCUUCGACACAGUGAAUCACGUAGAAGGGAAACAGAAAAGCAGCUUAAGCAAAGAGAGCAGGCAGCUGUCACUGCCUCUACGUCUCCAGGUAACGGAAAUGGCUCUGUGAAGCACUCUGCUGAUGACUCCAACACACCAUUGUCACCAGUUGCGGUGCCUGCACAGAAGCAGCUGAAAUACUCUGCUGGAAUUGUAAAUAGCCCCAGCAAAGGGGUUCCUGCAUUCAACAAACAGCAUCUUAAGAUGGUUCCCAUGGCACAGUUGCCUGUUGGCAAGAAGGUUUCAAUAGCAGGGCAAUCAGGAAAACUAUGGAGAUGGAAAAGAAGCCACCACCAGUGGCUACUGCAGUUCAAGUGGAAGUGGCAAAAGCCCUGGAAAUUGUCUGAGAUGAUCCGACACAGCGAUGAAACGAUCACAAGGACUAGGCCCAGACCCCAGCUUCUUCCUCAUAGACCUCAAAAAGUGAUGUGAAACAGGCUUUUCUUUUUUUUUCUUUGUCUCCACAUGGACUGACAAGUUUUACACAGCUAACUACCUCCACAAGGUAACAAUGCAACUAAAGGCUCCAAGAGAUCUCCUUCGUGCUUCGUUUUUACUUAGCCAUGGGAUCGAAAAGGUGUAUGUUCAUAGGGUGACUGUCUUUGGAUGUAAAUUUCUUGUGCCUAUAUAGUGAGUGUGAAUGUAGAGAUGAAAAAAUAGUGAGUGAGCGAGGGAGUGGCCAUUCUUCGCAAAAGCACUGAGCACAAUGCUUCAUGUUUCAGCCCUCAUCAA